CAAAGCUUUGUGAAGCUCAAGAAGAUCAAGGCUCGCAUGGCCGAUUGCCGGAAGUCACAGAAGCUUGUACUCAGCGGCUUGGAGCUUGAAGAGCUGCCACAAGGAUUAGUAAACAUGAUAAAAGGAGCUGGUGCUAAUGUUGUGAUCGAGUUCGACUUUCACAACAACCAAUUGACGGAUGUGAUACCGGAGAUUUCUGAGUUCCGUGGCCUACGAGCUCUAAGACUAUAUCAAAACAAUCUUCAUCAGCUACCUCAAGUCGUGUUUUCCUUUCAUAAGCUUCAGGUCCUUGAUGUCUCUGAGAAUGAAAUAAGGGAGAUGGAUCAUUUGGUCGGUUCAUUGAUUGCACUUCGCGAGCUCAACUUUGCUCGCAACUAUCUGACGUCGCUGCCGACAUUUUGGAAAAACUUAGGAUUCUUGCUUUAUUUGAAUGUUGCAAAUAAUCAGCUUACCGAGCUACCAGAAUCGCUUGGAACGCUUAGACACCUACAACGUUUGGAUGUCAGCUCAAACAUGCUCUCCACUUUACCUCUGGCUUUGCAAAAUCUCAAGGAGCUGAUACUUCUGGACGUCCAUAACAACCGCCUCGUACAUAUUCCACCAUCACUCAGCCUUCUAAAGAACCUACAAGAGUUCAACUGCGAAGCAAAUCCUCUUGCAGAGCCUGCCAACAAAGUUUACUCUCGGGGUUUUGAAGAGUUUAUGGAGUUUUUGCGGGAGUCAUUUUCGCAGCAGCAACUAGAAGAGCUCAUUCGUCAAAAGCCUCAGCCUACAAUUGUUGGCUCUUACUUGCAGUUUCCUACGCGAUUUGAGUCUGCACCAGGAGGUCCUCCAAUGAGAAGUCACCACAGUAUGACGGAAGCUGGACCUAUACUGUAUAUGUUUGGGGGAAACAUUCCCAAUUACGGAAAGGUUGAUGAUCUCUACACGUUUGACUUGCGGACAUUGUUGUGGGCUAAACCUGGGACAAGUGGAAAUGCUCCUGCGCCUCGUGAUGGUCACGCAGCGGCCUAUGAUGGCCAUAAGCGGUUGUAUAUUUUUGGUGGUCGAAACGAAGAAAAUAAGCUUUUGAAUGACCUGCACUAUCUUGAUGUCAAGAGUAUGUCUUGGUAUCAGCCUCUUGUAGAAGGGACUGUACCUUCAAUUCGUGAAGGUGCAUCGCUCUCAGUUGCUGCUAACCAGGUGAUAUUAUUUGGAGGCCGUGGAACUCGCCAACGGCAUAACGAUCUGUACACACUCUGCACUCAGUUAGUAAACGAAGGUCUAUGCCCAUCUCCAAGAUAUGACCAUGUCGCUACCAUAUUCGACAACAGUCCAGCUGUGACUGUUUCAGCAGAAGUUAAGCGAAGUGCACACGAAGGUUCUUGGAUAGAACUCGAAAGCCAUAUUACUUCCGCAUUACAGUGCACGAUUUGUUUCCACGCCAGCAAACUUAUCAUCUUCAAGGUGGAAACUUUGGACGAAAUCGAAUCAGAUACUAGUACUGAAACGUGGGAUAUGUACAUGGAGACAAUGCUGGAGUCUUUGAAACCCCUGAUGGUAGAAACUACGAUGAAGAGGUCUCUGGAUACUAAAACAGAUCGUGUUCUUCAUAUUAUACAUACCAAAAUAAACCAGAUGCCAAGAUCUUACCAGGUUUUAUCCCAGAAAGAGCAACUUCUUUUGAAGCACGUUAAACAUCUUCAGAAGCGAUUCCAACAAGUAUACCCGGAGAGAAGACCCUUGCUUCUCAUAGCGAAAAAUGAAUGUGGCGUGGAAAAGUUCAUUUGCUCGACAAUACGGCCAUCACACAUGGAGUAUACGGAGUUAUACCAGUGGCAAGGAUGCGCCAGCUUUAUAUCCAACUUCCUAGCGUUUGAUACCCUUGAAGAUCCAAAGUACUUUCCAUCUUACAUACCGUCUUCACAGAGUGUUAUUGAGUGGCAAAGAGGCGAUUGUUUUGAUUUUUCAAUAGCACUGGCGUCGCUUCUUAUUGGUGCCCGCUAUGAUGCAUAUUGUGUAGCGGGAUACGCACCUUUGUUUCUAACUUCCAAUAAUCAGAAACACUGCGAGUGUCCCAAAGCUGUCGAAGAGCGAGAGCUUGCUUCCCGGCGGCCUCCUGAAAAGCCACCACGAACAACAAAAUACUCGAGACCGUCGCCACCUAUAUUGAAUGAUCAAUUUCUUUCAAAUGAGAAAGACAUCAGAGAUGCUGCAGCAAAAGGCUUUGCUGAGAUUUUCAAGGGAAGCGUUGAUGCCAAAUUGAAAUACGGGCAAAACGAAGAGGAGGACACACUUCUUAGGUACUGCGUUGAAAGAUGCAACGUCCCGGACUUGGAAGAGGUUGAGCCGCCGGAGCCUCCCGAGCCUGCAGAAGCUCCGUCAACUUCAUCAUCUCCUGAUCCAUAUAAAACAGCAGCUGAAGCAGGCACUACAAGCACGACACAAGAAGAAAAGUCCGAUGCAAAACAGGAAGGAAAGUCAGAUGAGGCGAAGCCAGAGCCAGAAAUGAAACCGGACGAUCCGAAGCCGGAGGGAGCAGAAGAAACACCAGAGGCAACCGAGUGUGGUGGCGUACAAAAGCAAAUACAGGAUUCCAUGGUGGUUGAGGCCGUGAGUGCUCCAGAGCCGCCGGUUGAACCAGAGGUUGACAAGCUGGACAGGAAACGAGUACAUUGCUGGGUGAUGAUUGUGAGUGGAAAACGAGGUCUGACCGAAAGUUUCUUCGUCGAGCCUAGUACUGGUCGGAAGUAUCAUCUAACGGACUCUCCGUAUUAUGCUGUUGAGUACGUCUGGAACCAGAGCAACGUCUGGAUCAACAUGCAGCCGAAUCCAACUCGGGCAGGGAUCAAUAAUCUUUCCUGGAAUUUGAAGGAUACCGUGAAGUGGGAAAGAAUCUUUGAUGGCCUUGACACUGAAGGCCGUUUCCGAGACAACUUGACCAUUGUUGAUGGCAAGAAGGAAGAAGAUACGUCGUCCAAGCCGACUCCUUCUUCAACACCUGCUGGCUCAAGGCCAGAUCCAACUCGCGCUUCAUCUCCAGAGGCUGCUACUGGAACGAUUUCAGCAACUUCUGGUGCCACGAAGGAAACGAUAUCCAAAAUCAGCUCUGAUAAGAAGACUGUGGUCGACGAGGGGGAAAAGAUUGGCGAGACUGAUAUACAUCACUGGCUUUUGCCACCUUCAUGGGUACCUAAGCUUGAGAUUUCCAUGGAGGCUUUUGUCACAAGGUGUCCGAAAGGAAUGAAGAAGACACACUACGACAAGUGUACUCAUGAGAUGUAUGCAUUUUAUGGAGAUUAUGUUCGCUGGGAUGGAUUGAUCGAACGCCUGCACUUCUACGCUGACAACGACAGGAGAAUCCUUCUGGAAUGCCACGAUUACUUUCAAAGACGCAAAGAUGGCCUUAAAAGGAGAAUUUUUCUGCUGCAGGAGAACAAGGUGCAUGAAUUUUUUAAUCAGGGGACAUCGUUCGGACUGAAAGAAAUUGAGAUAGUAGAGGGGGUGAGCAGAAAAUUUAUGUUCCAUUCUGGCGCUCGAACUGAUGGAUUGGUUUGCCGCGAAGAGCUGCUAGGCAAGAAGCUUGUUGAAACGUUUGAUAACUCGGAAAGCUCAAUGGUGUACCGAUGUGCAUGUUAUGGUGUGCCGGCUCCAGUAACUUUGCCUCAAGGCAGUCCUAUUUUUCGAAGUGAACCAGAUUCAGCAUCAACAGCAGCAACUGCCGAGCCUAAGACCAAAAGUUCGUCUCGUGGGAGUAGCCUUCGUAGCGACUCGGCGAGCAGAACAAGCCGAGCUCGAAUAUCUUCUGACAGUGCGAGGGGAAAGUCAUUAUCACGCACUAUGUCUCGGUUCAGGAGCGUUAGUAGCAGAAGGUCACGAACCCCUGUGAGAGAUAAACGAGAUACUGUUUCAGAACGAACGUACACAAUUUCGCUGGCUGCCAGAAGGAAAACUGUUGCUGACAACUUUCUACCGAUCACCAAACUUACACUGAAGUUCUCCAAGCAACACCCGAAGAAUGUUGCAAAAAAGGUUUUCCGCUUAAGCCAAGAUCAGAUCCGCAUUGACUACCAUCAUAUAGGUCGUCGUAUCACUUCCAUUUCGCGCGUCUAUACGAAAGAUGGCACAAUGACUCUACUUCAGGUUGACCCUUUCGAAAAGGAACUGGAACUGUUUGAGAGAAUGGAUGAGUUUCAUGAACUUCUGAUAACUGAACGGGAAAUGAUAAAGGCAGUCCGUGAUGGGGAGAAUGAAACUCGUGAUAUUCUCCAGCAUCGCCUCAAGGAAGAGCAAAACGUAAUUCUGGAAUUGCCAUAUACAGACGUUGCUUGUUUCAAGCAGGACGACUCGUUGCAGGACCGAGAAGCAGAAAAGAAGGCACCAACCGAUUAUUUGUCACCGUUUUUGCCACCGGGUACAAGACCAAGGCAAAAGCUGACGCGGGUUCAAAUGCUUGAAGUUCGAGAAAAUUGCCUCAAGGCACUAAAGCAGCGUCUGUUGAAUCGAGCCACGAUCAUUCAGACACGCUAUGACGAAGAAACUGCUGCAUUAGCAAAGCGGCGAGCAAACUUUGAACGGGAUAGAGAACAAAUGACCGUGGAUGAAGUUGAAAAGUAUGAGCAGGACUGCGAGACUGCUGUUUUUCGCAUCCGCAUUUUGGAAAAACGAGCAAAAGAGCACGAACAGUCAGCUUUGAGGAAGUACACGGAGCUGGAUAGGAAGCUGAGGAGCGAUCCCCGGCUUUCAUCACUUUAUGAUGGAACAGCGAUGUGAAAGCUUUAAAACCCAGAAUGACAAUGUUUUGCCUCAACGAUGCAAGCAGCGGUUUGUAUGCGGAGAGGAUCAAACUAGACAUCGCCAAAACAGUGUAGCAACAUUGAAGAAAACCAGGUGUCUUUCAAUAAGCUACUUGGCGCUCUAGUCGCCAAGCAACUAAAAGAACAGGGAACUAAAUUCGGGAACGGGGAUAGUUACCGGGGAAUGCAUGUUGAGAAUCUCGGGGCGGAAGAACAGAACAUCCAACUUCCUUCGAUUACGAUGGAAACGGAAAGAACUGGAUAGUCUGUGAAAGAGGAGAUAUGGCGGGCCGGGCAUAUACGUGCGCAUAUUCUCUUCCUGGAUGCGCUCCUGCGAAGCACACUGCCCAGAAUGCAACGACUGCCACGUUUGUGCACGGGAGAUGGGAUUUUUCUUCCGCCAACUUGGUCGACGAGGCUCUUCUUGGCCUUUUUGGACAUCUUGAUCUUGGACGCUCCAUCGC